AUGGAGUUGUCCCUGUCAGAUCUCGGAGAGUGUGAGGAGAGAGUGAGAGGGGAGUGGAGAGACAAGGACGUGGCUGCUCGGGCACUGGACAAGGAGUUGGAGGAACAACAAGACACACUGAUACAUACAAGUUCUGAUAUGAUGCCCCCAGGAGAUGGAGUUGUCCCUGUCAGAUCUCGGAGAGAGAUGGAGUUGUCCCUGUCAGAUCUCGGAGAGUGUGAGGAGAGAGUGAGAGGGGAGUGGAGAGACAAGGACGUGGCUGCUCGGGCACUGGACAAGGAGUUGGAGGAACAACAGGCCAAGCUGUUGAGAGCCGACAAGCUGCUGAAGAAACUCAAAAGAGAGGCUCGUCAACCUAAGGAGUCUCGAGUGCCAAUACAUCUAGCCGAGAAAGAUAUUGAGCUGCGGGAACUUCAAGACAUAAACCAGUCGGGACUGCAGCAGUUGGCAGAACUGGCGACGAGGUAUUCGGAAGUGGCGCCACUGCUGAACCGCUACCUAGGGGAGAAGGGGCUGACUCUGCCUCUGGUGAGGAGUCAUCGGGCCAAGAUAAGUACUACGGGAUCUACGUUGAGCACACAUCGCAGUUUGUUCUCGGAAGAUUCUCGUAUCAGCAUCGGAAGUGGACCCAGCAGUCAAACGCCGAGCAUUAUUAUGCUUGAUCCAGACACAAUUCAGCCAGGACCAAGAAGUUCUGGCGAUUCUAGAAUGUCUAAACUGUCAGGAAGUAAUAAGAAAAGUAAAUAA